AUGCACUUUUCCUUCUUCACUCUCGCUGGCCUGGCCUCCUUGGCUACUGCCCAGUCGACCUUUUCUCCACUUCGUCCGCCUGCUAUUCCUUUGGCGGUUAAAUCUCCUUACAUGUCCACAUGGCAGCAAGCAGGUAGCGAUGGUGGCAAUGGCGGCUACUUACCAGGACAAUGGCCGACAUUUUGGAACGGCGCCAUCACAGGUUGGUGCGGAAUGAUCCGAGUCGAUAAUUCUACAUACACCUGGAUGGGCAAUCCGGAUGGCGCCCGGGCUUUUGUCAACCAGACUGCUUUCUCUUACACGUCAACGAAAUCCAUCUUUACCAUGCAGGCCGGACCUGUGCAGAUGGUUGUAACCUUCCUUUCAAAUGUCACCCCAGAUGACCUGCUUCGAUCAUCGCUGCCGCAGACCUACAUGAAUGUGGAUGUCAAGAGCACGGACGGCAGAACGCACAGCGUGCAACUGUAUUCUGACAUCUCAGCGGAAUGGGUAUCCGGUGACCGCGGAGCCACGGCACAGUGGGCAUAUGGUAAUGUCAACGAUGAUCCGCAGCCCAAAGUGUUCGCGGCUGCGUCAUCCGCGGCGUCUACAAGCCAGCCAGCAACUACGUUCGGGACACAGACUGCCUUCAAGGUUGAGAACGUCGUUCCAACUUUUGUGCCAAUCGCCGCAGACGGCCUGGGCUCCCGACCAAAUCCAGCACGGAAUCAGCCAAAUGCGACUUUCUCGCCUGUGGCUGUUCAAUCGGUCGGCGCGGCGUCUGGAGGCGUCUCAUAUCACAGAGUCUACAGACAGCAGCAACUGGAAUUCAGUUCGAUCAACGAGCAGGCCGAAUGGGGCCACUGGUACUUCGCUACUGCCAAUACUACGAAGCUCACAUUCCAGUCCGGCCAAGACACUACAGUUCGAGGGAAUUUUAUGAGAUCCGGCAAUCUUGCGAAUACCAGAGAUACGAGAUUCAGAGCGAUCAACAACGCCUAUCCAGUCUUUGGCUUCGCUGUCAAUGUUGGUCAGCUAGGCUCCACUAUUCAAAGCACAUUGUGGCAGAUCAGUCUCCAUCAGCAGAACUGUGUUCAAUUCCAAGGCACUAAGAAUGGCGUUCAGAAGCUACCGUGCAUGGUGACCAAUUACUUCCCGACAGAGCUGGCCGCCAUGAAAUGGUUUUACGAUGACUACAGCAACGCGAAAGCGUUGUCGUCCAGCUUUGAUUCUAAAGUUCAAAGUGAUUCAGUCGCGGCAGGAGGAGCCGAUUACGCAAAAAUCACAUCCCUCGCUGUCAGACAGGCGUUCGCUGCCAACGAAUUUGCAAAUACUCCAGAGAAGCCAUUGCUCUUCAUGAAGGAGAUCAGCUCUGAUGGCAACACCAACACGGUCGACGUGAUCUUCCCCUUCCAUCCUAUUGCAAUCUAUGCAAAUGCUACACUUCUCAAAUGGCUGCUCGAUCCACUCUUCAUCAAUCAAGAAGCCGGCAACUGGCCGAAGAAGUACUCUAUCCACGACAUUGGCAGCAAUUUCCCCAAUGCGACAGGUCACAGUGAUGGUAACGCCGAAGACCAACCGCUCGAAGAGUGCGGAAACAUGGUCAUCAUGGCACUCGCUUAUGCUCAGCGAGCAAAUGACAAUGCAUAUCUGAGCCAGCAUUACCAGAUCCUCAAGCAAUGGACAGGCUAUCUCAUCGACGAAGCUCUAAUCCCAGCAAAUCAAAUCUCCACAGACGACUUCGCAGGCCCAGCAGCAAACCAGACUAAUCUCGCGAUCAAGGGCAUAAUCGGUAUCGAAGCAAUGGCACAGAUCGCCAACAGAACUGGCAACGUCGCGGACGGCAAGAAUUACACUCGCAUCGCUCAUGACUACAUAGCCAAGUGGCAGAAGCUGGGCAUAAACUCGAAUGCCAACCCACCACAUACCACUUUCAACUAUGGCAAUAACAGCUCUUACAGUCUGUUGUACAAUCUCUACGCCGAUCGCGAACUGGGAUUACAGCUUGUCCCGCAGAGCGUUUAUGAUAUGCAGAGUACAUUCUACAAGACGAAAUUUAACAAGUAUGGAGUGCCGCUGGAUACGAGGCAUACUUAUACCAAGAAUGACUGGGAAAUCUUCUGUGCUGCCAUUGCUGCCUCAGAUACCAAGUCGCAGUUCACAUCGGUCAUUGCCAAAUGGCUAGACCAAACGCCAACGAACCACGGUUUCGGAGAUCUUUAUGAUACUAUUAGUGGCGACUAUCCUGGCAUCAACUUCCUCGCUCGUCCAGUUGUGGGAGGCAUGUUCGCCUUCUUGGCUUUGAACAGCGCCCCUACAAGCGGAGUCUACCUGCCCAGAGGAUCUUGA